CCUCGGCUGCUCGCGCAGUGCCAGGCAAAGAGCUCUCUUUGCGCGCCCGCUGCACCGCGCCUCCUGUCGCCCGGCCGGACUUGGCCGCAAGCCGAGCCGCCCCCCGGCCCCCCCUUUUUUUCUCUCCCCUCCAACCCGGGCCGGCCUCGCUCCUCGGGCAACCCAAGAACCGGGCAACCCCAUCGUCCACACAGGACCUAGCCCCGCCGGCCCCGCGUUUGCCACUGGCACUGCAGCUGCUCGGGCCGUUUGCGGAGAAGCGCCAUGCAUUCCCUUUUCAAGAAGAGGAACCGAGGCAAAUACAGCCCCACGGUGCAAAAGAAGAGCAUUUCCAGCAAGGAGCUGUCAGAACUGAUUGAAAAGUUGCAGAAAAAUGCUGAUAAAGUGGAAAAGAACAUUGUGGAAACGGACUCAAAGAUGCAAAGUGACCUGUACAAACUUAAGGCUGGGAAGCCCACACAAUACCAGGAUCUCACUGCAGAUAAGUUGAUUGAAUCUGACAAACUGCUUUAUGUUCUGGAUGGAGAUGCAGCCAUCGCUCGCCACAUGAAACACCCCCAGGGGGACAUGAUCAUGGAAGACAUCCGGCAAUUAAAGGAAAGAGUCAACAACUUGCGAGGGAAACAUGAUCAGAUUUACAAUUUCACCCCACAUGAAGUUGAACCCCAGGUCAAUUGGUCCUCAACAAUUGAAGAGAAGCAGGAAAUCUUGAACAGCAGAGGCUUUAGCACAGACCUCCCAUCAGUCAACGGUCAAGUAGAAGAGCACAACAUCUUCCACAAUGAGGUGAUGGCUAUUGGACCGCAUAUCAACAAAGAAGGUGAAAAGGAGUAUACAAGUGAGCUUCAGAUGAAAUAUCAGAAACUGCUGUCGGAAUCCCAACGAAGGCAGGAGAACCUGAAUUUAUUGCAAGAUUUUAUGCAGCGUUGCACCAAUAAGCUCUACUGGUUAGAUCAGCAGGCUAAGGACAGGUUGCAGUUUGACUGGAGUGACCAAAACCUCGACUACCCCAGCCGCCGUCGCCAGUAUGAAAAUUUCAUCAAUAGGAAAUUGGAAGAGAAAGAGGCAGCCAUCAACAAACUGCACGAGGAUGGCAAUAAACUCCUGUCUGAAAAUCAUCCUGGGAAAAUCGCCAUUGAGGCUCACAUUGAGGCCGUCCAUGCGGACUGGAAAGAAUAUCUCAACCUGCUGAUCUGUGAGGAGAGCCACCUGAAGUUCAUGGAAGACUAUCAUCAGUUCCAAAAAGAUGCCAAGGACGCACAGGAACUUCUCAGAAAGGUAGACACAGAUCUGGACCAGAAAUACAGCCCAGAUUUCAAAGACCGGUACCAGAUCGAAACUUUGUUGCACGACCUGGAGUAUCAGAUUUCACGCGGUGCCCGAUACACUCUGCACAAGAACAAUGAAGAGGACUGGGAAGUUAGCGACAGUGGAGGAAAUGCAAUCAAAGCGCCAGGAGUCUGUUUCAUGAUUCCGCCCACCGACCCUGAUUCGCUCGCUGUGGUAGACAACAUUGCUAGCCACUAUCAAUGUGUGAAACAGAAGACUGGAUGCACAAAGAAUCGGCUGGAGGACCGCUACAAUAGCUUGAAGGCAGAGAGCAUUGGAGAUGCAGCAUCUGUACAGGUACAGCAACUGUUGGCAGAGCUGGAGAAAGUGAACAGUGAACUGGAUAAGCAGGAGAAGGCCAUCACCGCAAACCUUCGUCCUCCUCUAGAGCAAAACAGGGUGGUGCAAGAUAGCGCAGAGCGCUCCAAUGACCUUAAGAACGUCAUCAAUCAGAUCCGUCGCAUUGAGCCAGAGAAAACAAGCAAGAUCCAGGAAUGUGAAGCCUUCAUUGAGUCGAUGCCCGAGUCCAGCAGUACCACCUUAGUGAAAAAAAAAGUAGAGAAGACCAACAACAAAUACAACUGGGUCACCCAACUUCUCGAUGCUGCUCAGGAGAAGGUUGAUGUUGCCAAUCACCUUGAGAAGGUCCUUCAGCAAGGGAGAGACCUGCUUUCCGGCUACGAGAACAAGCUGGCCAUCGAAGACACAAUUCCCGAGGAUGUCCAUGCUCUGGAGCAGAAGAGGGAAGAAUUGCUGGCGCUGAAUUCUGAACUCCAGGUCCAGCAACUGCUGAAUGAAGCCCAACAAGACUUGGAGAAGGCCAAGAGAUGUUCUAGUACCUUGGCGAGCCAGUUCCAAGAACACUGCCCAGACAUUGAACGCCAGGAAGCUGAACUCCACAAGCUCAACCAGCGGUUUAGCAACCUCAACAAGCAGUUGAAUUACAGAUCCGAAGUGCUGCAGAAAGCAAAAUCUGCCUAUUCUAACUACCGUGCUGGCCAUGAUGAACUAAAACGUUAUUUUGAAAACAUCCCCAACUAUGAGCCUCAAGAAAAUGAUCACUUUUCUCAGGUGGAAACCAAGUUGAAGAAGCAGCAGAAACUAUUGGAAGAAAUUGCAAGCAAGGAGAAAGAGGUCCAGAAGGUCUCUGCAGAAGUUCAGCAGUAUCAACAGGCGGUGAAGGACUAUGAACUAGAAGCAGAAAAGCUGAGGUCCAUCUUGGAUCUGGAAAGUGGCCGUAAUGGUUUCAUGAACAAGAGACCGAGACUCCAGUCCACAGCUCUUAGAGUGAAAGAAGAGGAAGCUCUCUUGGCUGCCAAAUUCACUGAGAUCAACGCCAUCAACAGGCAAAGGCUGCAGAACCUGGAGUUUGCUCAGACCUUGUUGAAACAGCAACCUGACCUCCAAAUGAUAGAGAAAUCCAUUCAGAUCAACAAGUCCAAUAAGCCCUUGGAAGAAAUCUGGAAGUUAAAGAAGGAACUGGAUGAUGAGACCCAGUCUCGGCAGCAUCUGGAGGAAGAGAUCAAAGUCAUCCAGCAGAACAUCUUCCAGCUGCAGAACCAGAAGCCACAGGAGAUUGUGCUCAGGAAGGAAGUGGUCAAGAAACUGCCCGACCCAGAGCUGGAUGAGAACUACCACAAGAUGCAACAGAACCUGACCGAAGAGCAGCGCAAGAACCAGGAGCUUCAGGAGGAACUCCAGACCCUGAAGCAAAAGCUUCAUGUUCUAGAGCGCGAGAAAAGAGAAGGGGGACAAGAGUAUGUCGUCAAAGAAGUCCUGCGGAUCGAGCCAGACAAAGCCCAGGCAGAAGAAAUCUUGAAGCUGAAAGAAGAACUUGAAGAGCUCAAGAGACAGGAAGGGAGCCGGCAGAAUGAGAUGGCCCUUCUCCGCCGCCAGAUCGAAGCUCUUUCCAACGAGAAGAUCAGGGAUCAGGAGAGGGUGACCGAAAAGGCGAUAGUGAAGAUGCAAAACGAUCCCCAGCUGGAGAUGGACUAUAAGCAGCUGCAGGAGUGUAAGCAGAGGGAGAGUAUGCUGAGGCACAAGCAAGAAGAAGAGCUGCGUUUCCUCCAAGACAAGCUGAAGCGGCUGGAGAAAGAGCGGGCCAUGGCUGAGGGCAAGAUCACCGUGAAGGAGGUGUUGAAAAUGGAGAAGGAUGUAGCAACCGAAAGGGAAGUGAAUGAACUGCGGCGCCAGUACGAGGAAGAGAAGGCCAAGGCCCGCUUGAAUGAGAGAGAGAAAGACGAGCUGCUUAGGAAGAUUCAGGCUCUGGAGGAGGAGAACGCCACGGUGAUCGUCCAGGAGAAGGUACGGGAGAUCAUUCGCCCAGAUCCCCAAGCUGAAAAUGAAGUGGCCAACCUUCGCUUAGAAGUGAUGGAGCAGGAGAGGCGAUACCUGGGUGGGGAAGAGCAGCUCCGGGCCUGCCAGAAUGAGCUGAUGACUCUGAAGAGCAGAGGGCCUCGGGUGGAAGUCCAAGAGAUCAUCAAAGAGGUCAUUAAGUACAAAACAGACGCGGAAACGGAAAUGGAGAUGCAGCGGCUCAGGGACGAGAUUGUAGAAAGGACCAGAGCCAUUGAGAGGGCAGAUCUGGAGAUCUAUAAGUUGAAGCAAGAAAUCGAGAUCCUGAAGGAAGCCAAGCCUCACAUCCAAGUAAAGGAGGUCCUUCAAGAGAUCCUGCAGUACCGGGAAGACCGCCAGACAAAAGAAGAAGUCGAGUCCCUGCGAGCUCAGUUGGUUGAGGAGCAGAAGAAGCACAUGGACUUGGAGAGGGAGAAGAAGCAACAGGAGGAGAUCAUCAGGCAGAAGGAGGAAGAGCUCUCCCAGGUGAGGGAAAAAGUGGUUCAGCAGGAAGUGGUGAAGCUGGAACAAGACCCUACCUUAAAAUCGGAGAUCAACACCUUCUCACAGAACAUUGAAAAUGAGCUGCAGCAAAUAGACUCGCUCCGGACUGAGAUGCGCAAGCUGCAGAGGAGACGGUCACAUCUGGAACGCCAGCUGGAAGAUCUGGAGAAAGAAAGGAAGGCCCGCAGGGAGGCCGAACUGGAGGUGCAGAGGCUGAAGAUCAGACUGAGCGAGUUGGAGGAAGAAGAGAAGGACACGGCAGAAAAAGUCACCGUGAGGCAAAAGGUGAUUCUUCAACAAGAUCCUCAGCAGGAGAAAGAGCACAGUCUACUUAAGUUGGAACUGGAAGAGGAGAAACACAAGAAGCAAGUGCUGCAAACAGAACUGGAAGCCCUGCGGAAGAAACUGCAGGCGCUGGAGAAGAUGGAGGUCAAGGAAAAAGUGGUCUUUUCAGAGAGCGUCCAGGUGGAGAAGGGAGACACCGAGUAUGAGAUUCAGAAGCUGAAGAACAGCCUAGACGAGGAAAGCCGACGGAAAGUGCAACUGGAUUCCGAUAUUUAUAGGUUGGAGGCCAAGCUUUCCGAAAUGGAAUUUAGCAAUUCCAAAUCUUCCAAGGAGUUGGACUUUUUGAGAGAGGAGAACCACAAGCUCCACAUAGAAAAGCAGAACCUCCUUCUGGAGAUGAGGAGUUUGCAGUCGGAAAUCGAGCUCACGGCGAUGGAAGCCCAGGAUUUGAAGAGCAUGGCCCAGGAAGACCGACGUAUCCAUCUCGAUUCAAGGUUCCACAAUCUGGAGAAAGAACUGGAAGAUCUGAAAAGGCUAUCUCAGGAAAAAGACGAGGAGAUCGAGCAGCUUCAAAACCGCCUCCAGACCGUUGCUAUCAAGAGGGAGCAGCGAGAAAACCACCUGAGGCGCUCGAUUGUGGUCAUUGACCCGGACACAGGGAAGGAGAUGACUCCAGAAGAAGCCCAUCGUUAUGGCCUUAUUGAAUGGAGUUUAUAUGUCAAGUUGAAAAGCCAAGAAUGCGAUUGGGAAGAGAUCACAGUGAAAGGGCCCAGUGGUGAAUCUUCGGUCAUCUUGGAUAGAAAGUCAGGGAGGAAAUUCUCAAUUGAAGACGCCUUGAAGCGUGGAAGAUUAACGAUGGCUCAAUAUCAAAGUUACCUCAACAAGGAGAUGUCUAUUCAGGAGCUGGCUAUUUUGGUAUCUGGACAAAAAUAACUGCUUCCCUCUCAACUUACCUAAGCAAAACUAUUUUUAAGCUGAUCCAGAGCUUGUCUUGUUACAAAUACAGAACUUUUUACUAUUUAAUGCUUCCCUCAGAUCUAUCUGCCAAAGCCUCCUGUGUCUUUAUUCAACAUUUGGGUGCUCCUUAACUUUAGGUCACAUACAUCAAUGUUGCCCAAAUUGGAAGAUUCUGCUCCUGCAUUUUAUCAAGUUGCUCUUCUCCAAAUUAUGACGGACUGUUUUCUUGCAGAGAAGUAGCAUUUAUCCAGUCUGGAUGAUCAAACCACGUAUUUUGAGUUUGGCAUCUCAGAUUCCGUCGACUAUAAAAUCCUGUGAAAUGACUUCGGUGUCAACUGAAACCUGGGCACGUCCCAUCGCCAUAAAUUCAGAAUUAGAUGGCCUUAAGUGAAUGCUCUUUUCUUUUUCCUUCCAGAAGCAUGGAGAGGAUGCUAUCUUACCUUCUGGAAUUAUUUUAAAAGUUAAUGCAGUGUAUGGGAAACUCUUAAGCACUUUCAAGCAUUACCUGAAACCUUAUUAAAACUGCAUCAACUGGUCUUUUUCUUCUGGAGAAUACUUCAAAGUUUAGGAAGUUAUCCAAAGAAAGAGCAGGUGGGUGGUAGGUGGGCAGCAGAUGCUUAAUAAUCUUUCAUUGAAAUGGGCAAGUAAAACUUGGUUGAAUGUAAUGGACUGGCAUUAAAACACAAUAUGAGAGAUUUGCAAGAAUGAUACAUCGUACCAUGAUACAACUAGCAUUUUGUCAUGCUGGAUCUUGACUUUAUAAAAAGGUUACCUACAUGAUAUGGGAGCGGUCAAAUUUUAAGGCAAUAAAGAUGUAUGUAUACGCCUGUUUGAUGAUGGUGUUUAUCCUGUAGAUCAGAUUAUGUAGAGGUUUCUAAUUCUUUAAAACAGGGGGGAGAUUAACAGAAAACUAAUACCAAUUCCAAGUGCCUUUAUUUUUCCCAAAGUCUCACUUAUAAGAUGCAUGCACUGUUUUGCUGACUUAUAUUUGACUGUAUGUAUUCAAGUUAUUUGUUGGAGAAGGGAAAUGGGAAAAGUUAUUUAUACUCCUCAGUUAUUAUAAUAAAGAAAUGAUCUAAGUUAA